CGUUUCAGGGACGGUUUUCACAACUUCAAGAGAAACUCCGUGCUUCGCGGUUCUAAUGCACGUUUCUUUUCAUUGUUCUGGUUCAGUUAUGAGCAGGAUCAUCUAAAGACACCCCUUCAUUCAUCUGAAGAGCAGAAGACCGCUUUCACAUUACUUCUAGAAGAUAAAACCGUCAAGGCACUCUCAAAAUGAUGACUGCCAGAGAGCGAUGGCGAGUUUACAAGCGCAUCAGCUUCAUGUUCUUCCUGGCUGUGGUCGCACUUACUGUGGUUCACAGAGGAAACAUCACCUCCAUGCAAGCUGGGAUCGAGAGACAGGCACGGAUGGAGCUCAUGGUGGAGGGCGGGAAAAAGGACCUGAUUAGUGUCAGCUUCUGGAAGAGCGUUCAAAGAUCCACCACAGAAAGUCCGGGAAUAACCCAAACGCAAGGCCCCAAGAGCUGGGACGUCACCAUCUCCAACUGCAGCGUCAACCUCAACUUCUCUUCCUCGGAGUGGUUCACGGGUCUGGAAGACAACUUCAAGCAGUUCCUGCUCUACAGACACUGCAGGUACUUCCCCAUCCUCAUGAAUCACCCAGAGAAGUGCGCCGGAGACGUAGACUUAUUGAUGGUCAUCAAGUCGGUAAUAACACAGUACGAUCGACGGGAGGUCAUCCGGCAAACUUGGGGCAAAGAACAAGUGGUCGACGGGAAAAGAAUCAAGACGCUCUUCCUUCUGGGAACAUCUUCCAAUGAGGAGGAACGGGCGAACCAUCAGAAGCUCCUGGAAUUCGAGGAUUACAUCUACGGAGACAUCCUGCAAUGGGACUUCAUGGACAGCUUCUUCAACCUCACCCUCAAAGAGAUCCACUUCCUCAAGUGGUUCUCCACCUACUGCGGAAACACCAGCUACGUCUUCAAAGGCGACGACGACGUGUUCGUCAACGUUCCCAACAUCUUUGAGUAUCUGGAAGACAGCAGAGACUUGAAGGACCUCUUCGUCGGCGACGUUCUCUUCAAAGCCAAGCCCAUUCGCAAAAAGCAGAACAAGUAUUACAUCCCGCAAGCCUUGUAUAAUAAGACGCUCUACCCGCCGUACGCCGGCGGAGGCGGUUUCCUGAUGGACGGACCGCUGGCUCGGAAACUCUACGGGGCUUGCGAAACUCUGGAGCUCUAUCCCAUCGACGAUGUGUUUCUUGGGAUGUGUCUGGAGGUGCUUCAGGUGACCCCAAUAAGGCACGACGCUUUCAAAACCUUCGGGCUGGUGAAGAAUAAGACCAGUCGACUCAACAGGGAGCCGUGCUUCUAUAAGAGCCUGAUAGUGGUGCAUAAACUGCUCCCGCCGGAUUUGAUAGACAUGUGGAAACUGGUCAACAGCGACUUGAUCUGUUCGCAGAAAACGGACUUCUUGUAGUCCAAGACUUUGAGAGGGUUUCUGAAUCCAAAACAUGUCAGGAUUCAUUCAUAGAUGAAGGAAACAAAAUGAAGGAUCUGCGGAGAGGACUUUGAGGUUCCUCAAAGAUAACAAGCUCUCCUUUUUUGAGGAGAUUUCUGAACAAUAUUUUAACUUAAUUUAUGUACCAAAUGACAUGGUAUAAUAACGUGAAUAGGGUUCAUGUUAUGCUGGUUUUUGGGAACAUUAAGGCUACAAAACUAGAAAUUUCAUCCCAAAUGAAAAUAAUCUACUCGUCAUCAUGUUCAUCAUUAAAGUCAAAGUGGUCUUGUUGUUUUGGACCCCGAUGACUUCAACUGUAUAGACAAGAUGAAAAUCAUGGCAGAUUAUUAAUUUGAGUGAAGUAUGACUGUAUGUCACAAGACAAAAUGCGAUUGUCCCAAACAGAAGGAAAUGAGUCUCUACCUCACCAUUUUUGUUUAACUCUGCCCCUCUGUGGACGAAUGUUACCUUAAAAGGUUUGUAAAGUGCAUUCAUCAAACAAGACCAUGUUAUUUCUGCUGCAAUGACAUACAUUCAUGAAGUUACAGUAUAUAUUUGAAUGAUCAAGAGGUUUUAUCUCUUAGAGCUUUUAUUUUAUUUAUUUGCCCAUAGAUUUGAGAUGGAUUUGGUAGAGGGUUUACUUUAAAACUGUGAAAAAAAAAAAAUCACACUGUCUGGUACAUGUAAAUGUUGACUUAAUUUAUGAAAUAUCUCCUUGGAUCGGAGCAGGCGGAGUCUGGUGUAGGAUAUUUAAUUGUACUUGAACGUUACGCAAAACAAGGACAUUUGUAAUCCAAACUACACGGUCUGAAUGUGUAAAAAAUGACUACACUGACUGAACAAUGGAUUAGUAUUUGUAAAUAAAAAAUUCUUCAAAGCGACAAAA